CUACAGUCCAAAUUAAAUACACUUAUGCAUGAUAAUUAAGUGUCUGAUUAUCUGUACCACUACAUGAAAUUAUAUUGCUGUUGUUGUUGACUGAUGAAGAUAUUAAUUAAGCUAGGUAUAGCAGUGGCUUAGAAAGUAAAUAUAAAUACUUUAGCUAACUUUUUGGUGAGAAAGAAAGGGAGAAAAGAAGAUGAUGAUGGGGAUUAGUAAGGAAGGCGGCGGCGGCAGUGGCGGUGGCGGGAGGAAACAAGGCGGGGGAGCAUCGCCGUGCGCGGCGUGCAAGCUGCUGAGGAGGAGGUGCGCGAGAGAGUGCGUUUUCGCCCCUUAUUUUCCGGCGGAUGAGCCGCUCAAGUUUGCCAGCGUCCACAAGGUCUUUGGCGCCAGCAAUGUCAACAAGAUGCUUCAGGACUUACCCGAGCACCAACGAGGAGACGCGGUGAGCUCAAUGGUGUACGAGGCAAACGCGAGGGUAAGAGAUCCGGUCUACGGUUGCGUGGGGGCAAUAUCGUCACUCCAGCAACAAAUCGACACCCUCCGAACACAGCUCGCGAUAUCGCAAGCGGAGGUGGUGCACUUGAGAAUGCGACAAGCCAUGUCUAACGGCGGCGGCAGUGGCAUCACUUCCUCAGAGGAGGAUGAUGUUUCUCCGCCACCGCCGCCGCCCCACCAUGAUGACCACCAUAAUCAUCGCCAUCAUCAUCAUCAAACAAGGUUUCUUUUUAGCAUGGACAUGGUGAUGGACCAAUCAACAACGUGGGGAAGUGGCCAUUGUGGUUAUGCUAUCUAAUUUAGCAACCAAAGGGCAUGGCCGGUGUCCUUUUCCAUGGAGCAAUGUUUUGUACGUUGUUGCUACAAUCAUGCUCCUUUUUCUUUGUUGUCCUUUAGUUUCACUCUUUUUACUUUUUUUAUUAUGUUUAGCUAGAGAAAAAAAAGUUUAUCCAAAAACAAAAUUGAGGAUUAUAG